UUAAGUUAUUUCUUUGUUCGGUUUAAAAUCUUUACGGACCCAUCAUGUGUUGUGGACCCCUCGGAUUCUGUGGACCCUGUAGCCCUUGCGGCGGUCCCUGCGGACCCUGUGGACCCUGCGGCCCUUGCGGUUCUUGCUGUUGACCCUGUGGAUCUUGCUGUGGGCCCUGUGGACCUUGUUGCGGACCAUGCGGUCCUUGCUGUGGACCCUGUGGACCUUGCUGUGGGCCUUGUGGACCUUGCUGCAGUCCCUGUGGGCCCUUCUGCGGGUGUUGAACAUCCACAACCCUGUGAAAUAUCAAGUCCUAAUAAACCACAAUGAAUAACUUAAGACUGUACGCAGAGCAAACUCCUCUCCAGACGUGAACCAAGUCAAUAAAAAAUGGAGUGCA